UUUCUUUACAUUUAAAUUGUAUUUUUUUUGUUCCACUCAUUAAUUAGUCAAUUUAGUAAUUUAAGAUUUUUUAAUUAUCUUGCAUAAAACUUUAGUAUUAACCUUAUCUUGAAGAAACUCUUGUAACCACCUCAUCGUUGAUUAAUCGCUGAUAAUCAUGGUUCAUUUAACAGAAUCUUUAUAUUAUCUAAGACCUCGUUGGGGAAAAAAUCUUAGAUGGAAAAAUGGCCGCCGACCUUUCGAUCCUGCCAAAAUUGAAGCGAAUCCCCAUGAACGGACACCACUCAGAUGUAGAAACAGUGUAAUCCCUAGAAAAGGACAAAAAGAAGACGUUGUUUGUAUUAAAGAAAUGUUGAACCUUUUCGCUUGUAUGAAGCUUAACGAUUUAAAUGAGAAAGAAUGUCCAAAGGAAUUAGAUGCUUUCCAAAAGUGCUAUGGUAAAUUUGUUGAGGAUUUCCAAGCAAAACAACUUAUCAAAGAUCACAUGGAACCAAUACCCGGACAAACCAAAUUAACUUCUCAUCAAGUUAAUGUUAUGUUGAAACGUUAUCCUCAAAAAAUUGAUAUUUAAUUUAGUUGAAUAGUCUUAAGGUAAUAAUAGAUUGUAGAUAAAACCAAACUAUUUCAUAAGUUAAGAGAUUUUUCUUAGCCAUUGAUUGAUACAAAUUAUAUUGUAAAAAUCAGAAUGAAAAAAAAACCAAAACAACUCGAAAUCUAUUGAGAGGUUGAACAAAUUUUUUAUUUUAACAAAAUUUAAAAUUAGUUAACGGGUUACAUGAAUUAAUUGGAAUAUUAAUCGAUAGAGAAAAAUGAUCAAAACAACAACAACAUUGUAAAAGUGAUAAUAAUAAUAAUAAUCAGAAAUGAAAGGAAAAAGGAUCAACAUAAAA